AGCCAGAUUCAGUUGGCGGCGCAGACUCGACUCGUUUAGUUCGGCGUUUCAGGAAAGCGACGAUCGCGCGCGCGGCUUUUCCACACCGCUUUUCCAACCACGAUUGCCCCCGAUCGGUGUGUGUUUUAUAUUUUUUAUUGUGCACACACAUUUUUUUUUUUUUAAACAAUUCGCUGGGCGGCUCUGGGCCAGAUCCAGUGUCCAAUGACUGGCCCAAAAGGCAUCUGUAUCUGAGUGCGAGUUCGAGUGCAUCUGCCUCUUGGCUUUUGCCUUUUUGCUGGCAAGAGUGUUACAGUUGACGCACGUAAUCGUGCUGGCAGUUACGCCUCAGAAAGCAGCCGAAAAACAGUCAGUAGUGGAUACAACUACAAGAUCAAAAAAAAAAAAAAAAAAAAAAAAAACGUUGUAUCUGGAAACACAUGCGUUACGCUCAGCUGACUUAGCUUACCAAGUGCUUGUGUUUAUGUCUGUGUGUGUGUUUGUGUGUGUGUUUGUUUAUUUGUGUUUGUGUGUGCCAAGCUUAGCUAACAAAUUGGUUAGAUAAAUAAAGCAAAUACUGUUGAAUUCGCGAAUAUAACCAAUACAGAAAAUAAAACAAACACAAGAGGGAAAAGCAAGCAGAAAUCGAAAGUAAAUAGUAAACAGUGCCGCGAAAAACGAGUAAAUGCCUUUAGUUUCGAAUUUAAAACUAAAACAUAUAUAGAUCCUCCAUUAUCAUCGCCACCAUUAUCCCCGAUCCAUUCCCCCCGGCUGGCCGAAAUAUGUCACAAUUCCGCGAUAAUUCAUGGCUUGCCAAUGCGCGAUCCUAUGGCGUUUUGAAGAGCCUGCGAAGCUCGGCUCGUUAUGCCAAACAAAAAUCCAAGUCGGCCAUUAAUCUGAAUGGCCACCUGAAGAAACAGCAGAAACUGGAGGAAAAUCAGGCCGGAAACGGAAACAGAAACGGAAACGGAAAGAAAAAACAGGACAAGAAGAGGGAACUCAGACAGAGCCUGAGCCAGGAUCAGGAUCCGAUUUAUGCGAAUGUGGAUGAGGUUAUACCGAUCCAUCCUGAACCAGCGACCGAAGUCAAUGCGCUAAUGGGUAAUGCACAGCCGUCAACGAUGAACCACCUGCGGGUGCAUAAAUUCAAGCUGGGCGGCAAAGAUAAUACCGCCAUCGCCGAUUUACCCCCAGCGGAUAAUACCAAUAAUAACAACAAUGUCGGAAAUAAUAAUCACAGUGGCGGAGCCAAAGGAUUUCUGGGCAGGAUCAAACGAUAUUCGGUGCUGGGAAAUAAACUGGGACGUCGUCAUCUUAGCAGUAUGAAUCUAAAUCCGGUGAAUAACGCAGCCGAAAAUUCAGUUUCGCCCAGUAAGCUUCACACCGGCAGCUAUGACAUGACCGGCAGUCACUCGGAUGAUCAUCGCCUGGAGAUAGGAGCUCCGAUUUUGAUAUCCACCACCACCCUGGAUACGGAUCGUUUUGAUGUCACCGAGGCUAGACUCAAACAGAUUGGCGGUGGCAUUGCCCAGAACUCCAAUAUUGUGAGGACCUUGACUCCGAGAAGUUCGGAUGAAGAUGAGUUUGUGGACGCCAGGAGCACUCCGCAAGAAUUGGAGAAGGAGGAGGAUCUGCUCACCUUAAAAAACAAGGAUCAGGACCAUAACGAACCACAGCAGGAGGAGAAAAAAGAUCUACAAGAUAUCGAGGAGCCAGAUCAUUUUGAGACACCCAAACAUCAGGUGGAGGAAAAGGAGCUAGAAGAGAUAGUUUUCCAGGUGGAGGAAAAGGAGCUAGAAGAGGUGGUUUUCCAGGUGGAGGAAAAGGAGCUAGAAGAGAUGGUUUCCCAGAAAGUAAUACCACCAAAAACCCCAGAACCCACUGCCAUAGAACGUCCCGUUAGACGACCUCGAAUUGGUCGUCAGCAAUCCCAGUCCGUUCAGAACCUGCAUCGCACCGAACUAAAGGUCUACCUGCACAAAUCCAAUUCCAUGGCACUGGACAUGAAUGUUACGGCUCCGGCAAAACUCGUAUUGGAUCUGAAUCUACCGGAGUUGCCAGAACUCUAUGGGGCCAGCGAACUCAGUCUGGCGGCCAGUGAUAACAAGGAAAAUCGGCCAGUGGUAAACCUCCCCUCCCUGGAACGCUCACCCAUACCAAAUGGUGGCUUCUUGGCCCAACAGCCGCACUUUAAGAGCCUGGACUCGUUUCAGCUAAAUGGCAAUUCGCAGCAGAGCUCCCGCCACAGUUUGGCCUGCAGCAGCAAUGGCGAAUACGACUUUGACCUGAAAUCAGUAAGCUAUCAGAGCCUGAAUGCCCAGAAUCUGUUUGUGUCCAUUGACGAACUGCAGGAGCUGUCGCGGCAGAUCAACGAAACGGAGGAUUUUGGCAAGGAAAUCGAUCUGGAGUACUGCACGCAUCGCGAUCAGUUGAGACCCAGUGAGCGCAGGAUAACGCUGCUGAAGAACAAGAACCAAACGCUGAUCAACUUCAAUCACAACAAGGAGAAACUGCGGAAGGGCUGGCAUGGCAUGAAGCACUGGCUGGGCGAGGAGGGCUCCAAGAUCAAGGAGGCAGUGCGUCAGCAGACACCGCUGAAGCGUCUGGCCCAAUCACGGAGCAAUCUCAACCAGUCCACGGCGGAUGCCAGUCGCACGUCGAUGUCGCCGGAACGGAGUCGCCGCGAAAUGACCGAAAGCUGCGAGGAUGUCACCGAACGCACCGAAAUGGAGUCGUCCAUGUCGCAUCGGAACAGCGAGGAGGAUCUGUCGCCGCAUGCCAAGCGGUUCAAGGAUGAGGGACAGAACGGCUUCGAGGAACUACGGCGAUAUGUCAAACAGGGCGGCGACUUUAGCAAGGAGCUUAUAUUUGUCCUGCAGGAGAGAGCCGACUCGGAACUGAUCUACUCCAAGUCACUGUCGAAGCUGGCCAACAAGCUAAACAAGGCCGGCAGGGAAAUCCCCGGGAGCGUGGCCGACGCCUGGCGUGGAGUGGCUACGGAGAUGGAGAGCCGCAGCGACAUCCAUCGUCAGUUGGCGGCCUCGCUCACGGAUGAGCUGGUCAAGCCCCUGAAAACCGUCGUGGAAGGACACCACAAGGCUCGGAAGGCGGUGGAGAGCAACGUGGACAAGGCGGCGCGAGUCCUGGGCGAGUGGCGAGCCAGCGAGGCGAAGGCGAAGAAGGCCUCCCACACAGCGGCCCGCGAGAACGAGAAGCUACAGGACGCGAUGCUGGACGUGCGCAUCCAGAAGUCGCCGUCAAUUGCCCUGCUGCACCAGGGUCCCAACAAGCAGGCAGCCGAGAAGGAGCUCAAGUCGGCGGAGAAGGAUUGCGUGAAGCUGGACAAUAAGCGCAAGAAGGCCGAGGAGGCGGUGAAGCGGGCAGACGUGGAAUACUAUACCCUGUGCGUCCGGGCGGAGCGAGCCCGAGUAGACUGGGAGAUGGCCGUGCUCCGGGGAAGCGCCCAGUUGCAGAGCAGCGAGCAACAGCGUCUGGGCAACAUGCACAACUUUGCCCAGCAGUACGCGCGUCUCAUCUCCGAUAUGAACCCCAUUCUCGGCGGGCUGAGCACCCGGCUGCAGCCUCAACUGGAGGCCUGCAAUGUGGCCAAGGACAUGCAGGUGGUGCGCCACAUCCGCCGGAACUCGGAGGGACCGAGCGAACAGUUGCUCCCGGACUUUUACUGCGAACACACCACGCUGGCCAUGAACCGGGAGCGACGCAAGCACGCCCUGAUCAAACUGCUCCAGCUGGUCAAAACGGACCUGGAGCGGGAGCGACGAUCCCGCGACGGAUUAAGGGGCCUGUCGCAGUCGCUGAACCAUCAGGAGCACCAGAACAUCACCGAUAAACUCUACCACAUCCGCUCCAUGCUGACCUAUUUGGAGGGCGCCCGCCUUAAGCUGCACUCUGCCCUUUUGGAGCUGGACCACAAGCCCAGGACCACUCACCCACUGGCCCAGCACAUUCAGAUCACCCGUGACCGCACCGGAUUGCAGCAGAGCAUCCUGAAGGUGCCCAACUGGCUGAAGAAUAACGACAAGUCGCAGACGCAGCAAUCGACAAGUAUGCUGGCGCACGAAGUCACUGAUAUAACCACUAACCACGAGGAUGAGCUCCCCGAUGAGAACUGCUCCCACCUGCACAGCAGCAGCAACAGCAAUAACAGCAAUAACAGCAACAAUAGCAACGGCUCCUGCACGGACAUCAGUUCGGUGGUGAAGCAAUUCAACCGGAGCAAGAGCAACAUCGAGACCAAUUUUACCAGCCAACCAAAGAUAAUCUCGACGACGAAUGCCGCGGUGGCCGCGUCCGUAAAGUCCAAAACUCUGGCCAAUCUCCAGGAUGGCCAUCAUCACAAUCACCAUACUCAUCACAGCGAUCGCGGCCAGGCGGAUGGCGGCUCCAAUCAGCAGGACUCCGAUUUCGAUGAGUUCAGUUCGCAGGACGAGGACGAGGAGCCGGAGAAGACCCAGCCAAAUUCCAACCCGAUCAACAAGCACCAAAUGCAGACGCAGCAUUUCUACCAGAAUGCGCAGGAUCUGCAAAAGAGCCAGAAGGACGGAUCCGGUCCGAUAUUGGGACGCUGCAAGGCGCUAUAUAGCUACACCCCGAAGCUCUACGACGAGCUGGAACUGAGUCCCGGCGACAUUAUCGAGGUACAUGCCAAGCAGGACGACGGCUGGUGGCUGGGCGCCCUGCGCAACCACAUCGGCAUCUUCCCGGCCACCUAUGUGGAGGAGUGCGCCUAGAUCUAGACGGGGAUCACUGUCCCGCGAUCCCUCCAUAUUUAUAGUUGUUUAAGAGCGAGUGAGUGUGUGCGCGACUGCCAGUGGAGUGAGUGUGUCGUGGAGCGAUUUGUUUGAUUUGUAUACAGGCCAGAAUUCAGUUUUGAAACUGCCAUUUAAAUUUCACUUUAACUCAAACUUAAAAAACACAAAAAGUACACGGUUUCCAAUUCAUGGGGAAAAUUUACCCAAACCAGUGCUACAUUUCAGAAGAAGCAAACAUAAUUUGUACUCUGUGACCCCUUUUUGUUUUUUCCAAUAAGCGGAAAUUUUCACUUAAAGCUAAAAUAAGACAAAACAAGAAACAUUUAAUUUCAGUUUGUAAAUUUUUUCCACUUUAAAAAACAUUUACAUAUUUCAAAUUGAACAGCCAUUGAUUAAACAACAAUUAUAAGCUUAAGAGAAAAAACCUAUAUUAACCUCAAUCAAAAGAAAAAUUCGAGAAGACAGAAAAUACUUCAUUUUUGUUAAAACAUUUUUUGUUGAAAAUGAAAAUAUUUUGUUUUGCUUUAAUGUUUAUAAUCUGCUUAUAUCUUCUUUAGCCACUGGCAAAAACCAACUAAGCAGAUACGUUUUUUUGUAGUCAAGUAAAAUAAAUAAGUUGUUCAAACGAAAAGUAUAUAAUAUAAUUGGAAAAAAAUGAGGAAACAGAAAUUACAAACCCUCUGCUUAAAUAUUUCUUAAUUUCAUUAACAUUGACAGAUUAACAAGUCAAGUUUUUUCGCAAUAGAACCAGUUUUUAAUAUAAUAACCACUAAACUCCAAAGCCAAAACACACCAGAAUUAAGCCUAUAAUUUUAAAUCCUGAUUUAUAUUUUCCGAGCUAUUUUAUUUUGUAUCAAACAAAUCGGUCUACUUUAGUUUUACAAAGUUAUUCGCAAUAAGCAUACGAUGUAAUUUAUGAGUAAAGAUUGUAUAAUUUUA